CUCUCGCGGUAUUUCCUUAUUUCCUUCUCUUUCCCUCUCUGGGUUUCAACAUGGCAGUCGGUAAAAACAAGAGGCUGACCAAAGGUGGCAAGAAGGGUGCCAAGAAGAAGAUUGUCGACCCUUUCUCCAAGAAGGACUGGUACGAUGUCAAAGCCCCAGCCAUGUUUAACAUCCGCAACCUGGGCAAGACCUUGGUCACCAGGACUCAGGGAACCAGAAUCGCCUCUGACGGUCUGAAGGGUCGUGUGUUCGAGGUGAGCCUUGCAGAUUUGCAGAACGACGAGGUCGCCUUCCGCAAGUUUAAGCUCAUCACUGAAGAUGUGCAGGGCAAGAACUGUCUCACCAACUUCCAUGGAAUGGACCUAACCCGGGACAAAAUGUGCUCCAUGGUCAAGAAGUGGCAGACCAUGAUCGAAGCCCACGUGGACGUGAAGACCACGGAUGGCUACCUGCUCCGUCUCUUCUGUGUGGGCUUCACCAAGAAACGCACCAACCAGAUCAGGAAGACCUCCUACGCCCAACACCAGCAGGUCCGCCAGAUCCGCAAGAAGAUGAUGGAGAUCAUGACCCGUGAGGUCCAGACCAAUGACCUCAAGGAGGUGGUCAAUAAACUGAUUCCUGACAGCGUGGGGAAGGACAUUGAGAAGGCCUGCCAGUCCAUCUACCCCCUGCACGACGUCUACGUCAGGAAAGUCAAAAUGUUGAAGAAGCCCAAGUUUGAGCUGGGUAAGCUGAUGGAGCUGCAUGGAGAAGGAAGCAGCAGUACCACUACCAAGCCAGCAGAGGGUGACACCGGGGCCAAGGUGGAGAGAGCUGAUGGCUAUGAGCCUCCCAUUCAGGAGUCUGUCUGAAGCUUCUACCCGCAGCCAGAGUGAAUAAAAUGAUGUACAUUUGGAAA